AAACAUCGAUUGGAAAGAAAGCAUGGCGCGUGUGGUGUGGCAUUGUGACUCUAGCUGCUGGGUUUCCAACUAAGGGGUAACACUGACCAGCGCUUCAUUUAAAAGUACUUCAAACUUACGGGAUCAUGGAAAACAUUCCUGUCUGUCACAAACGAAAGAGGGAUCCGUCACCGAACGCGCAGAACGCAAAGAGACCGGCGAGGGAAACCGGGUGCAACGGAGCGCCUCAACACGAGUGUCUUUCCCGGUCCCGGCGCCCACCACGUCUCUCUGCCCCAUUCGACCGAAUCCAAGAGCCGGUCACGUUAAAUGAGCUCACGGAGCUGCUACAUUUCGCUUUAUUAGGGAAAACAGGCAGAGUCAAACAACCCAGCUGGUGUCGGUUGCGCGGACAGAGCCGGUUGGCGGGGGUGAACGUGGUGGUUUUGGAGGGGAUGACCCAGGACCUGUUUUACGCACACUAUCUGCAUUUCCCUCACCUCCGGAGCGCGUUCCGGACGAGAUGCAGCUUCACUCCGUCGCCUGGCAGCAGCAUCUGCUCCAUCUUCGGCAGUCAAGUUUCUGGUUCUGAGAGUUCUGUUGUCUCCCAUGGAGAACUAGAAGGUCUGAGGUGGCACCCGGUCAUCCAGAGGUUUGGGGUAGCGACGCGCGGCCUCACAGCCUACACUCUGACCCUGGAGGAGAGAAUCAAGAAGCACUUCCCUGUGAAAGGGAUGCCAGGCAGUGAGGACUGUGUGUGUACACUCUGUGAUGACAUCAUCACAGACAGCAGCCCUCUCUACGGACUUGACUGUGAGAUGUGUGUGACAGAACAGGGUUAUGAGCUGGCUCGUGUGUCUCUCGUGGACAGUAGAGGGCGCUGUUUGCUGGACCAGCUGGUAAAACCUGAGAACCGCAUCCUCAACUACCUCACCAGGUUCUCAGGUAUUACCCGGGCAAUGUUGCAGCCAAUCACCACUACCCUGAGGGACGUCCAAUCAAAACUCAAGGAACUGUUGCCGCGGGACGCCGUCUUGGUUGGCCACUCCCUCGACAACGACCUGAGGGCUUUGAAGCUCAUCCACCCUCAUGUGAUUGACACCUCUCUGCUCUACAAGAGGGACUUUGGACAGAGGUUCAAACUGAAGGUCCUGGCUGAGGCCAUCCUGCUGAAGCAGAUCCAGACGGAGGAGGUCAAAGGUCAUGACCCCAGGGAGGACGCCCAGGCUGCCCUGGAGCUGGCCCAGUACUUCAUCACCACCGGACCCAGACAGGUUGUGCAGCAGCAUGUGGGUGGUCUUUGGGGAGACAAUCAGAGCUUGCCAGAGUCUCCUGUCAGACACACACACACAGAGGACUACAGGUUUUCUGAGGUUCUGCAGAGGUCUGGCCAAUCAGCAGUGUUUAUAGGGCACCGUGCUGACAUUCCCCUGGCGCUGUCCAAUCAGCAGUGGCAUAGCUCAGACCGAGAGGUGCUAUCGUCGUUCAGGAGGAGGAUAGAGGAGGACCCUCCCUCGCUCAGUGUGGUCCAGUUUUCGGACUCCAGACUCCUGCUCUCUCAACACAUGGUGUGUGUGCGUUUGAGAGAGAUGUGUGUGGUGUUUGCUGGGCCUCUGCCCCCAGCCUACACAGAGAGGGAGGUGAAGAAACUGUUCAGGAGCUGUGGAACCAUCCGAAAUGUCAGGAUGCUCAACACCCACACGCUGCAUGCUGAGGUGGAGUUUGAGCUGCUGGAGGGAGCCCAGCUAGCCGUGGAAACGCUAAAUGGACUCCUGCUACAAGAAGCACCUUGCAAGGUGCAGCGGCCAGUCAAGGAGUCCAUGUUGGAUCUGGACGUCUUCCUCGCCGCUCUGCGUGACGACCCCCUCAACGCUAACCUCAUCUACGCCGCCAGGCUAAAGGCUAGCGUUAACCACACCAGGGUCCCAGCAAAAGUCAAUGGAAAUAUGCUACAUGCCAAAUAUCCAGAGCACCCAGUCAAAGACAAUGUGCUAGGUGCUAACGGAGAUGAGCGACAUGCUAGCUCCUCAGAGCCCUGUGAAGAUGAGCGACAUGCUAGCUCCUCAGAGCCCUGUGAAGAUGAGCGACAUGCUAGCUCCUCAGAGCCCUGUGAAGAUGAACGACAUGUUAGCUCCUCAGAGCCCUGUGAAGAUGAGCGACAUGCUAGCUCCUCAGAGCCCUGUGAAGAUGAGCGACAUGCUAGCUCCUCAGAGCCCUGUGAAGAUGAGCGACAUGCUAGCUCCUCAGAGCCCUGUGAAGACGACCUGAGACACAAUCUGAGAGACACCUUCGGGCAGUUCGGAACCAUCGAAGGCAUCAUCAUGCCCACAACGACAACUAGGAAACGAAGGCAUGCUUUCAUAAAGUAUCAGAGUUGUAGCAGUGUGAAGGCAGCCCUCAGCUCACCUGUGGAACUCUGGGACAGGAAGUCAUCCGCCUGCCUGGCCCUGACCCCGCCCCACCUGCCCUCCUGGGUAUCCAUGGAGACAACCCCCCUCGGCUACCCGCCUGGCAACCAGGACCAAGAAGUGGAGCACGCAAUGAGGAAGUUGGACGGGCGUGUCCGGAAGCUGUUCAAAUCCCUCCCAGACCACACCCUCAGCAUCGUCCUGUUGCCCGGGGUUACAGGACCCCACGGCAACCUCACUGGACUCUGCUUCCUGGAGGUCAAACAGGCCACGCCUCCACACCCUAACCAUUUGCCUGAACAUGCAUGUGUUUAGCAUGUAUACUGGGGAUCCAGCUCACAGAACAAUGGUGUUGAAGGUUCUAAAACAUGAUUGUUGUAACAGAACUAGAACCAUGUUUAAGCGUUGUAGAAAAUGGACCUGUGCUGGAAGUGUUCCCUGGUCUAGAACUCACCUGACCACUUUCUGCUGGUGCCUUCUGAUCAUGUCUGCUUCAAUAAAAGCUGACAGC